GCCAAGUUUGGCCGGGCAUUACAUUACAUAAGUGUGAAAAAUAAGGCAGUAUGGCUUAGUGCUUUAGCCUGUCCGAAAGAAAAAAAAAAGUGUCUAAACUGUCAAAAUCGUGAAAUCCUCACAUCAAAAGUCAAAUACACGUGGUUUUACCAGUUGUAGUUGUUUAGCUUAAUUUUGUUGCAUUAAUUCGCCUUCGUGAAGUAAAACACAAUCAACAUGAAGAUAAAAAAGCAGCAUCGUAAAAAGAAGUACCUUCACAAACUCAAUCGCAAAAGAAUGCAUCUUAAACAACGCAGUACUGGUCAAGUAAAUUGUAAAACCCUUAAGGAAGCCUGGGACAUGAAAAAGUCGACACUUCGUAAUCUUAAAGAGAUGGGACUUGCGAAUGAUCCUAACAAAGCGAUUAAAAUUCCGAAUUACAAGCAAGAACAGUUAAAACGGGCUAAAAAAAUUGUCAACCAGGAGGAAUCGUCGGAAUCGGAAGAUGAUACUGAAGAGAAGACAAUUCCUAAAAAAGAAGUUGUGGAACGGUUAGAAAAAGAAGCCCGAGCACCAAGGGAAAGAAGAUUCAUGUUACCUAAGGGCCAAGUUGAAUACCUCACAUAUUUAUUAGACAAAUAUGGUCAUGAUUAUAAAGCCAUGGCCAGAGACAAGAAAAACUUUUAUCAGGAAACCUGGAAGCAAAUUCGGGCCAAAAUAAAAACAUUUAUGGGGAUCCCAAAACAAUAUGGAGAAUACUUGAAAGCUAGAGGGUUGUUGGACAAAGAGAUUGAUGAGAAGGAAUUGCAGGAACAGGCAAAAUCAUUGGUUAUGGAUGAUUAGUGAAAAUAAUAAAAAAAAAUAGAAAUAUACACCUCAAUAAGGUUGUGUAUACAUAUUUUUGAGACUAUCAAUAUUUUCAGAUGUGACUGUACACCGAUCUUUUAAAUGCUGACCCUAACUUAAUAAGUUACCUAUGAUGAUGUGGUAAUAAAGAAAACAAAAAACCUUA